AUGCCACUACUCCAGAAGGAUGCCGAAGGCGACCUGCAAAGCAUGCUCGCAAAGUGCGGCGGAGGCACUGGCGUACUGGACCCCUUGCAGGACUUUUACCGCCUUAUUUUCAAGCUCAGCAUUCGCACCGUCGGAGCCAUGGAAAUAGCCGACUCCCCCAAGCUUUUCAACGAUUUUAUAACGUCGCUGCAAGCCAUCGCAGGUACAGCCUCGGCCUGGGCGGUUAUCUUUCCUUCCUUCCCGAUCCUUACCCAGAUUAGAAACAUAAAGGCCGGCAUGAAGCUCUACAAGAUAAUCAGCUCCAUACGAGAGGAGCGCUUGCGAACGGGCAAGCGUGAAGAAGACGCCAUGCAGAUGCUUAUGGAUGACGAUACAGACAAUGGCAAGAUUUUAAAGUUUAUCCUCGGCUCCCUUUUUGCCGCUGUCCUUAACACCGUCCUGGUCACAGCCUAUAUAUUUGUAUAUUUGGCAACGAACCCCGAAUGGUAUAAAAGGGUUCAGCAGGAAGUAGAUGACAUGGUUAAAAAGCACCGCCUCCCCGGCCAAACUUCAUUCGAGGCCAUCCGCAGAUUAACAUUCCUCCAACUGGUACAUCAAUUCCCCAUUAUUGAUGCCUGUAUUAAAGAGACCAUCCGCUUCCAAAUGCCUACGGCCGGCUUCAGACAAAAUGUCUCAGGUACCGACAUUCCUAUUGGAAACACUGGGGAGAUUAUCCCCCGGGAUGCAUAUGCCGUUGAGUUCAACCCUAAAAUGUUUGCUUUUAGAUAG